AUGUCUGGACAAUUCAGCUCCGCCGAGGUGUCGAAACACUCGUCCAAGAAGGAUCUUUGGGUCACCAUCCAUGAGAAGGUCUACAACAUCUCUUCCUUUGUCGAUGAACAUCCGGGCGGUGAAGAAGUCCUCCUCGAUGUCGGCGGUCAAGAUGCUACAGAAGCCUUUGAAGAUGUUGGACACUCAGACGAAGCACGUGAAAUCCUGGACGGCCUGCUGGUUGGCGAUUUGAAGCGAGCUCCUGGCGAAGCUGCUCCUAAGACUGGUGCAACUGACAAGAUCGCCGCUGGACCUGGAGGCCGAUCUGAUUCCGGGCCUGGCUUCGGCAUCGCUGUUUACGCGGUUCUCCUGCUAGGAGCUGCAGUUGCGUACUUUGGAUAUAACUAUGUGCAAAAUCAAGAAGGCAAAUAG